AUGGACAGCAAGGGUCGCAAUGUCAUCGUCUGUGACAAUGGGUCAGGGUUCAUCAAGUGUGGAUAUGCCGGCAGCAAUUUUCCCGCCUUUGUUUUUCCAUCCGUGGUGGGACGGCCCAUUAUCCGGGCGGGAAACAGUAUCGACGACAUGGCAGUCAGGGAUUUGCAUAUCGCCGAUGUGAUAGUCGGCGAUGAAGCCUCACAGCUGCGUUCCCUGCUGGACUUAACCUAUCCAAUGGAAAAGGGCGUGGUCCGGAAUUGGGAGGAUAUGUGCCACGUGUGGGACUACACGUUCGGCUCCAAGAAGAUGAAUAUCGAUCCGACAAAUACAAAGAUCCUGCUGACAGAGCCGCCAAUGAAUCCCACGAAGAACCGCGAGAAAAUGAUUGAAGUGAUGUUCGAGAAGUAUGGCUUCGACUCUGCUUACAUUGCCAUCCAGGCCGUGCUGACGCUAUAUGCCCAAGGUUUGGUCACUGGUGUGGUGAUUGACUCCGGCGAUGGUGUAACCCAUAUAUGUCCCGUCUAUCAGGAGUAUUCCCUGUCCCAUUUGACGCGACGAUUGGAAAUCGCAGGUCGCGAUAUUACCCACUACUUGACUAAGUUAUUGUUGAGUCGUGGCUAUGCCUUCAACCACUCGGCUGAUUUUGAAACGGUGCGCAUUCUGAAGGAGAAGCUCUGCUACAUCGGAUACGAUAUCGAGAUGGAGCAGCGUCUGGCCCUGGAGACCACGGUGCUGGUGGAGUCCUACACACUGCCCGAUGGACGUGUGAUCAGGGUCGGUGGUGAACGAUUCGCGGCCCCGGAAGCUCUCUUUCAGCCGCAUUUAGUUAACGUCGAGGGGCCGGGCAUUGCGGAACUUGUCUUUAACACCAUCCAGUCGGCGGACAUUGAUAUCCGUUCGGAGCUCUACAGGCACAUUGUGCUGUCCGGCGGCUCCACCAUGUAUCCGGGUCUACCCAGUCGUCUGGAGCGAGAGAUCAAGCAGCUGUACUUGGAGCGUGUACUUAAGAACGAUACGGAAAAGCUGUCGAAAUUUAAAAUACGUAUCGAGGAUCCGCCACGACGCAAGGAAAUGGUCUUUAUUGGUGGUGCUGUUCUUGCGGAAGUGGCAAAGGAUCGCGACGGUUUUUGGAUAUCCAAGCAGGAGUAUCAGGAAGAGGGCCUCAAGGUACUUCAAAAGCUUCAGAAUUUCAGUCACUGAAAUCAAAGAAAGUUAGCGAUAAUACUUUCAAAAUUUUAAUAACGUGCAUAGUUAGUAGCUGGGCCACGCUUUUAAAUUGAUUGCAUUUGUAGCAAAGCUAAAGGAGGCGUAUAC